AUGAAUCCUUAAAAUUAAUAAUUGCCAUUUGUUUCUCAGCCUUAAAUGUGUUAAAUAUAGGGAUUGAAUUUAAAUUAGCCUUAAAACUAGUAUGAGUAGAAGUCUUAAUAAAAUUCAGCAUACUAUUUAUAAUAAUAAUAAAUAUCAAAUUAACCUCUAACAGCAUAGAAAUAAAAUAAUAAUAACUCAUAGUAUUAAAAAUAACCUCAAUCUUAUUAACCAUAAGUAUACUAAUAAUAGGAACAUACUAAUUAGCCAUAAUUUUAGUAAUAAUAAUAGCAAUAAGUAGCUCAGCUAACCGCUAAACAAAUAUGUGCAAAGUCAUCUGAUCCAGUUUAAGUAGUUUGCCCUAAAUGUAAUAAAUUAGUUAUCACUGACAUAAAAUAUUAAAGAGCUCCAGGUUUGAUUGGUUUAGCAUCUGCACUUUUAACUCUUGGAACAGUUAAAGCUGUCAAAGAUAAAUUUCAUUCUUGCCCCAACUGUAAUGAAGAUUUAGGAGUAUGCAAAUUUAUAGAAACCAAGAAUUCCAAAAGAAGAAGAAGAAGAUGA